AUGGCAGAUGCCCCGGUCCUCGAUCUCGAGGCAUAUCCUACCGCGAAGGAAUUCGUGUCAAAGUGCCACGAGUUCUUCAGAGAGGUCAAGAACUUAACCCCAGGCAAAGACCUCGAAGCGCGGCUGAACAGCGAAUACGGCCCGGGAACGCCCUUCUACGAGUCCUUCGCGCACUACAUGCGCCUGGGCCUCAAGGAAGGCUGGGUGGCGCGCGACGAACUCGACGGGCCCAAGUACCGUCGCGGCCGCAUCGCCCCGCCCACGCCAGAGAGCAACUACAUCUCGAUCACCACGGUGUAUAUGGAUUCAAAGGAGGUGUAUCGGGGACAGUACCAUCAGCAUCCGUACGGGGAGAUCAACUGCGUGAUCUUGGUGGAUGAGACGGCAGAGUUGAUGGGCAUGCAGGGGUGGCAGGGUGCAGGCUGGACGAGUCCAGGACCUGGGACGCACCAUUAUCCCGAAGUCAGAGGGGGGGCAUUGGUGGCCUUGUUCUUUCUGCCCGCGGGGAGGAUCAGUUACGAAGCAACGCCAGAUAUGCCGCAACCUGCAUCUCUGUAG